ACCCUCAUAGUUUCAGCCCUUGUUUAACUUACUUUCUCUCUCUAGAUCUCUCUCCUCUCUCUCUACAUCAGCAUAGUAUAUAUAUAUAUAUAUACACACACACACAUACAGGAAAAGAUGAAGAGAAACUGUAAUUUGGAGCUAAGGCUCGUAACACCGUCUGCAUCUUUCCAUUCUGCAGAUCACAAUGCUCGCAUUGACCCAAUGUUGAAUAUGGUGAAUGAGAGUCCAAAUGAAGAGCAGAACCAACAAUUAACCAUUUUCUACAAUGGAAAUGUUUCCGUUUGUAACGUUACGGAGCUUCAGGCUCGAGUUAUGAUAUUGCUUGCAAGACGAGAAAUGGAGGACCGGGAGAGGGAAUGGUCGCCCGGCUCAGAUCCAUGUUCGCCGUUGGUUCAGUCGCCACUGCAUAAUCCGACUAGUCUUUGCAUGAGGAGAUCAUUGCAAAGGUUCCUCAAUAAGAGAAAGAGUCGAGCUCAGGCUAUGCCCUAUCAUCGAUAGAUGAUAAUCAUGCCAAUUGAUGAUAUGAGCAAUUUGGAGAAUUUGUUUAUUGGUUAGAAGUGAGGGGAAUUAUGUAAAUGUGCUUCUAAGAACCUUUCCUUCAUAUUUAAAUGAAAUGUAUCGUGGAACAUUGUAAAUGGUUUUGGAUUGAAUUGAAUGGAGUGAAGGGACAAAUUGAGAUUAGCUA